CUUGUGGCAUCUGUGCAGGGCAUCGCUAGGGCUGGAGCGGGCGUGAGAGCCGGAGCAUGAGCGGCUGUCACCGGCGGGAUGGUCGGCAAGAAGGGGGAGGCCAAAAAGGAGGCGGAUGGCAAAGGGAAGGGGGGCAAAGGGAAAGGGAAGGAUGGCAAGAAGGGCAAGGAGGUGGUCAGCGAGGUGGAGGAGACAUCAGACAGCGAGCUGCUGAAGGAGGAGAGCAAGGAGUCCGAAGCGGUGGAAGAGGAGAAGGAGAAGGAAAAGGAGAAGGAGAAGGAGAAGGUGGAGGAAGAGGAGGAGGAGGCUGCAUCGGAGGAGCCCAAGAAGGGGAAAGGGAAGGAGAAGAAAGGGGUGCUGAAGGCGGUGGUGGCCAAAAAGCCGGGCAAGGGGAAGAAGGUGCAGCUGGAACCGGAGGAAGAGGAGGGUGAGAGUGAUGCUGCAUCAGCCAAGAAGAACCUCAAAGGCGCCUCCAAAGCGGCGGCCGACAAUGCCAAGAAGAAGAAAGGAGCCAAGGGCACGGAGGCCAAGGCCCAGCCUGCCGAGGAAGAGGAGGUGGUGGCGGCAGCCACACCGAAGGCGCGGGCGAAGCGCAGCCUGCGUAGCACCUCCAGGCUCUUCCUGGGCUUCAAGAAGCUGGGGCUGCGGCGGCCCAAGAAGGGGCAGUUCAAGAACACCUCCCGCUUCUUCUGGGGGCUGCAGAAGCAGAGCACAAAGAAGAAGAAGAAGAAGAAGAACAAAGCGGUCCUCAAGUCCACUUCCAACCUCAUGGUGCGCUUCAAGCACGUGGGGAAGAAGAGGAAGAAGGAGGAGGCCGCGGCUGCCCCACCGCCCAAGCCGGCCUUCCUGCUGCUGCACCGGGCCGGGCAAGCAGCCGAGGACGGCACGUCGCUCUUCCGCCGGCAACCGGAAAGGAAAUUUAAGCCGCGGGCACAGGUGCUGAGCAAGGCGGCGGCCGCCACGGGCUGGCUGGCCAGGAAGCUGCUGUCGCGGCGCGGGCGGCUGACGGGGGGUGGCCGGGCGGCCGACACGGCCUGGCUGUCCCGCAUCGGCGCCAAGAAGCUGCCGUUCCCUGCGGAAGACGAGAUCCUCAGGCACCGAGCCAACAUGAGGCGGCUGCCGGCCGGCAGUGGGCCCGCGGCUCCCGGCGCUGAGCGGCGCAGCAGCAUGGCGAGGCGCCCGUCCUCCCGGCGGCGGUCGCAGCAUGGCAGGCCCACGGGGACGCCGGCCCCGCGCCACGGGUGGGCCCAGGAGGAACGGGGUGCAGCCUAUGGACGCCGGCCUGGCUACGGCAAGGAGGAGCAGGAGGGGCCCUAUGGGAUCCGUCAUGGAUACGCCAAGGAGGUGCCAGGUGGGGCCUAUGGCCGCCAUCUUGGCUACACCAAGGAGGAUGAUGGACCCUAUGGCCGUCGGCGUGGCUAUGCCGAGGAGGAGGAGGAGGGACCCUAUGGCCUGCAGCACGGAUAUGAGGAUGAGGAGGAAGACUACAUCCACUCACCCACCGCAGCUUACCCUCCAGGGUACGGCUUUGAGGACACGGUGCCGACCUGUUAUGUUGAUUACCCUGGCUAUGAGACAGAGGAUGAGUAUGGAUUUGAUGGAGGGUUUUGGGAUGAGAAUGAGCCACUGGAGCACCCCUAUGGCUACUUGGAGCCCGAGGAUGAGGACUAUGGGUCUCCACUCCACCUCUACGACCCUUACAGCAGUGACCCAGAGUACGGCGAGGAGGUGGCAGGACCUUUUGGUUACAGGGAGGACCCGUAUGAGGACUUUGGGGAGCCCCUUGGCCUCACGGCUGGGUGGUACAUGGGGGAUGAGUACCCUGAGCACCGCAUCCAGUACAGUGAGGGCGGGUGGGCACCGCGUACCCAAUCUUCCUGCAAUCCCUACGCUCUGGGGCUGGAUGAGAUAUCCGAGGCUGAGGAACCAGAAGAUUGGCAGGAGGAAGACAAGGAUUAUCCCUUCUCUAUCCUCAGCACCUCCUCGCUGAAGGGCAUGCGAGACACGCUGUCCUCCAAGCUCUCCCUCAACAGGAAAUUCAGGCUCUUCCCAAGGCCCCAGGUCAAGCUGUUUGGCAGGGACCGCCUGGACAUCUCCCUGCCUCCAUCCCCACACCGCGAUGAGGAUGACUACGAUGAAUAUGAGCCGCCAUCCACCAGCCCCAAAGCAAACCGGGGAGGCCGGGUGUCAGCAGCGCGGGUGUGUGGGAGCCCUUUGGGGCAGUUCCUGCAGCGUUCCCUCUCACAGCUCCAGCCCCUCGGCCGUGCGCUGCGGGGCAUGGGGAAUCCCUGGGAUCUCCAGCCUUCCUACAGGCGCUUUGGCCAUGGGACAGAGCGUGCUGGGUCUGUGCGGGUGGGUAGCAGCCGGGAUCCCCCGCCCCGUGAACCGGGAGCUUCACGGCCAUCCUCACUCCGCAAUCCCUUUGUAAACCCCAUGCGCUCCCUAUCGCCACCACCAGCCCAGCAGCACCUCAGCAGCGUGCGAGGUGGGCGGCCGCGGCGCUCCGUGUCUUUCGGGGCCAGCUUCCGCCGUGAGCCCCCUGCUGUGCCGCGGGCACCCCCAAAUGCCGCGCCGCCAGCUCCGGCAUCACGGCAUUCGGGGGUGUCGGGGAGGCCCCUGACCCCGCGGCCGUCACGGCGGAGCAGCUCUCCUGGGGCGAGUCCCCCGGGACGGCUUCCCCUGGCCUGGCCGCGGCAGCCCGAGCCCCCCACCAAAGCUGUGAAGCCUCUGAUGAGGAGCUCCUUCCUCGCACCGCCCUCACGCCCCGGCAGCCGCCGACUCAACCCCUCCUGGGAUGAAGCCCCCGCCAUGCAGCUGCCUCCCUGGCAGGGCGCACCCCCACCGCCCAGCCCUGCAUCUGGGCCCCCCAAAUCCUUCAUCCAGCGCAUCGGGCAGCCCCUCGCUGGCAUGGCCCCGCGCUCGCCACCGCCAAGGCCGCCCCCUGCCGAAUCUGGGGGACGCAGCCCAUCCCCGGGACGAAUCCGUCAUGUGGGGCAGUCCCUGGCGUCGCUGAUCGUGGGGAGCAUGGCCUCCUCCAAAACUCCCUCGUCCCCACCGCCUGCCCGCCGCCCCCUAUCUCGCUCGCCUUCCCCACCGAGACGCGCGUCCCGGAGAGAUGUGGGCACCCCCAGCUCUCCGAGCCCCAAUGUGGGGAGCCCCCAUCUCUCUUCCUCCCCUAGCGCCCGCCGCCGCAGUCCCCCACCCCGCGGCCGCACCCCCGGCUCGCCCCCCAUCCUCCGCCGCAGCUUCCGUGCCCCCGAGCCUGCCGAGAGCGAGGCCGUGGCUGGGGAGGACGGCGCUGGGCGCUACGCGGUGGUGACGCCGCAGAUCCAGAGGUUGGACUCCUUCCGGAGGGCGUCCCGCAUGUACAAGCAGCACUGGUCCAAGCAGCACGUCGUGCGGGUGCGGGAGAUGCCCGACGCCUGGACGGCCGAGCAGGGCUACACCCGGCACCCCGCCGAACGCGGGCGGCAGCGGGCGAGCCAGAGGGGAGUCGACAUCGGCCGGUACCUGGGCCAGCGCUCAGCGAGCGCCUGGAGGGACAGGCACCCCUGGGCGGACGGGUACCUGGGCAGCAAGCAGCCCUGGCGCAGCAAGAUGCAGUCGCUGUGCAGCCUGCCCAUCGUGCGCUACCAGGAGCCGCAAGAGGAGGAUGGGCUGGAGGACAUGACCCAGUUGGAGGACCUGCAGGAAGCCGCAGUGCUGAGCAACAUCCGCACACGCUUCGAGCGCCAGCUCAUCUAUACCUACAUUGGCAGCAUCCUGGUGUCGGUGAAUCCCUACCGCCUGUACAACAUCUACGGGAUGGAGCAGGUGCUGCAGUAUGAAGGCAGGGCGCUGGGCGAGAACCCACCGCACCUCUUUGCAAUUGCAAACGUCGCCUACUCCAAAAUGAUGGAUGCCAAACACAACCAGUGUAUCGUCAUCAGUGGGGAGAGCGGCUCAGGGAAGACGGAGGCCACGAAGCUGAUCCUGCGCUACCUGGCAGCUGUCAGCCAGAAGCGCAGCACUGCACAGCAGGUAGGGAUCUUGGAGGCAACCCCCUUGCUGGAAUCCUUCGGCAAUGCCAAAACUGUGAGAAACGACAAUUCCAGCAGGUUUGGGAAAUUUGUGGAAAUCUUUCUGGAGGAUGGUCUGAUUUGCGGUGCCAUCACCUCACAGUAUCUGCUGGAGAAGUCCCGUGUGGUCUUCCAGGCCAAAAGCGAGCGCAAUUAUCACAUCUUCUACGAGAUGCUGGUGGGGCUGCCUGCCCAGCAGCGGCAGCGCUACUGCCUGCAGGGAGCUGAGACUUACUACUACCUGAACCAGGGUGGGAACUGUGAAAUCCCCGGCAAGGAUGAUGCAGAGGAUUUCCGCCGGCUGCUCAACACCAUGGAGGUCCUGGGCUUCAGUGUGGAUGAGCAGAACAGCAUCUUCCGCAUCCUGUCCUCAGUCCUCCACCUGGGAAAUGUCUACUUUGAGAAAUAUGAGACGGACUGCCAGGAGAUUGCCACGGUGGUGAGUGCCACAGAGAUCAGGACAGUGGCUGAGCUGCUGCAGAUCUCCCCCGAGGGCCUGCAGAAGGCCAUCACCUUCAAGGUGACGGAAACACUGCGGGAGAAGAUUUUUACCCCCCUGACUGUCGAAAGUGCUGUGGAUGCUAGGGAUGCCAUUGCCAAGACCCUCUAUGCCCUGCUCUUUGGCUGGCUCACUGACCGCAUCAACAAGCUGGUGUACCCACGGCAGGAUGCCCUUUCCAUUGCUAUCCUGGACAUCUAUGGCUUCGAGGACCUCAACUUCAACAGCUUUGAGCAGCUGUGCAUCAACUAUGCCAACGAGUACCUGCAGUUCUUCUUCAACAAGAUUAUCUUCCAAGAGGAGCAGGAGGAGUACCUGCGGGAGCAGAUCGAGUGGAAGGAAAUCCCCUUCAGUGACAACCAGCCCUGCAUCGACCUCAUCUCCCAGAAACCCUAUGGCAUCCUCCGCAUCCUGGAUGACCAGAGCUGCUUCCCCCAGGCCACAGAUCACACAUUCCUGCAGAAGUGUCACUACCACCAUGGGACCAACCCAUUGUACACCAAGCCAAAGAUGCCACUGCCUGAGUUCACCAUCAAGCACUAUGCAGGGAAGGUGACCUACCAGGUUCACAAGUUUUUGGAUAAAAACUAUGACCAGGUCCGUCAGGAUGUGCUGGACCUGUUCAUCAGCAGCAGGACCAAGGUGGUGGCCAACCUGUUCUUCGGCCAUGCCCAGGUGCUGGCCCGGCAGAGGAGCCUGGUCAGGAGGAGCAGCACCAGGACGCGGCGUUACAAGGCUCCCACUGUGGCUGCACGGUUCCAGCAGUCUCUCCUGGACUUGGUGGAGAAGAUGGAAAGGUUGGCACAAGCAGGGCACUCACGACACUGCUGGAGGGAGGGGGAUGGCUGGACCCACGUCCCAGGUGGCCAGGCUGGCUUUGUCCCCUGUCCCUUGAUGGCAUCUCUCCAACACAGGUGCAACCCCUUCUUUGUGCGCUGCCUCAAACCCAACAACAAGAAGGUGAGCGCGGUGGGUGCAUGGUGCCAUGUGGGUCCUCAUGUCUCCUUGCCCCUCGCUGGUGAGGAUCUGCCCACAUGGCCACCAAGGCUUCACUCCUUGUCCCCCCAGGAGCCAGGACUCUUUGAGGCCGAUGUGGUCAGCAGCCAGCUGCGCUACUCGGGCAUCUUAGAGACCAUCCGCAUCCGCAAGGAGGGCUUCCCCAUCCGCAUCCCUUUCCUCGUCUUCAUUGACAGGUACCGCUGCCUGGUCGACAUGUGGUCCAAUGUUGUUCCCAAUGGGGCCAACUGUGUGGAAAUGCUGAGAAACCUCUGCCCCGUCAACCCCAGCAUGUACUACGUCGGUGUCAGCAAGCUCUUCCUGAAGGAGCAGCUCUACCAGGCACUGGAGAGCAAGCGGGCCCGUGCCCACCACCUGGCUGCACUCACACUGCAGCGCUACGCCCGCACCUUCUUUAUCAAGAAGCGCUUCCGCUCCCUGCGCCGAAAAAUCGUCCUGCUGCAGAGCCGGGCACGUGGCUACCUGGCCAGGCAGCGGUACCGCCGCAUGAGGCACACGCUCAUCAAGUUCAGGUCACUGGUACACAUCUAUGUGAACCGCCGGCGGUACCUCAAGAGGAAGGAGGAUGCACGCCGGCGGGCAGAGGAGGAGAAGGAGAGAAGGAAGCAGGAGCUGACGAGGAGGGAGGUGGUGGACGUGACACACCUGGAGAUCCCUGCUGAGCUGAUGGGGCUGCUGGAGGCCGCGGCGGCUGCCCGUGAGGUGAAUGCUGGCUGUGUGGUCCUGGUGCCGCCGCCGGCAUUGCAGCCCGACUCCCAGCUCACCCUGCCCCUCGACAUCAAUGAUUACUCCAUGGCCAAGUACGUGCGGGGCCACUUCCAGGAGCCGGCCUUUGGGAUGCUGACAGCCCCACUGGUGGCCCCGCUCACCCGGCUGGAUGAGGAGCUGUGCCAUGAAGCACUCAGCCUCUUCAAGUUGAUCCUGCGCUUCAUGGGUGACCCGGGGCUAGGUGGCAAGCAGGAGACUCUUUUUGGCAACUACAUCGUGCAGAAGGGGCUGUCGGCACCAGGGCUGCGGGACGAGCUGCUGGCACAAGCAGCCAACCAGGUCUGGCGCAACACCAACGUCAACAACGAGGAGCGGGGCUGGCUGCUGCUGGCUGCCUGCCUCAGUGCCUUCCCCCCAUCCACCGCCUUCGACAAGUACUUGCUGAAGUUUGUCUCUGACUACGCCUUUGCUGGCUACAAGCCGGUGUGCCAGCGCAAGCUGAUGCACGCCAUGGCACGGUCCCAGCUGGGUGCCCGUGCUUACCCACCCUCACUGCUGGAGUGGACAGCGAACCGGCGGCAAGCCAGCAUGGCACUGCAGCUCUUCUGCUUCAAUGGCGACCAAUUCUCCUGCCCCGUGCACUCUUGGAGCACUGGUGAGGACCUGGCAGGAGAUGUUCUGAAGCACAGCAGGGGGCUGGUGGAGGGCUGGCGCGGGUGGUCCGUGGCCAUGAAGGUGGGCACCCAGUGGGCUGAGCUGGCUGGCCAUGAUUACGUCCUGGACCUCAUCUCUGACCUGGAGCUGCUGCAGGGUUUCCCCAAGCAGAAGUCCUGCUUCCUCAUUGCCUGGGACGGGGCAGGGAGCCGGGACCAUGCCAGCCGGGCGAUGCAUCCCAUGGAUUUGGAUGAAGUGCCGCCUCCUCCAGCUGUCAGAGCACCCACACUGCCAUCACUGGUGGAGACAGAGGGGUACCCACCACAUGACACCGACUUUGGGGAGCACAGAACCCAGAAGGGUUUGGAUCGGUACCUGGACAGCCUAUUUGACCCAGUGCUCUCCUAUGGCAAUGGGGAGCUGGAGAAGCCUGCUGCCAUCGUGCAGAGGAUGAAGGGAGGCGGCAGCGUGGGAGGGGGGGACAGCAGUAGUGGUGCCAAGCAGCAGCAACCCACCAUGCCCACUGACACGCGGCAGCCAAGGGGUGAAGAGCCAGCCUCACCCCCACAGCACCGCACAGACCCCAGCCCACCAAGGGCCCCGGGCAGAGCAGCAGAGGGGGCACCCACACGGGCCCCCCAGCCCCGGCCCUACUCACAGAAAGCAGCACCCACGGGCUGGCAAUGGAAUGGUGAGCCUGUGCAGCACUCCCGGCUGAACUCGGAGCACAUCCCACGGCCCACACACAACAUCCGUAACAUCAUCCGGCAGUGCCAACCCACCUCAUGUGGCCCCCAGCCCCACAGCAAGCUCUUUGGGAAGAAGCUGGAUCCCCACGAGGAAGCCUUGCAGAUCCUGAAGGAGCAACUUUCAGCAGCCCGGGUGCCUGCAGCUGUGGGGCCCACAGAGGCUGUGGCUGCAGUGAAACCGGUCCCCAGUGGCAGGUACCAGCUGAGAGCACCAAAGGGGCGACUGGGAGCCUCCCGGCCUCCAGUCUUCGUGUCGAGGGAGCUCCCGUCUGAGGCGCAGCAGGUGCAGACCCAGCUUCAUCGCAGCUGCAGUGAGGACUUCUACACCUACUGCAAUGUGCCCUGGAAAAUAUACAUCCGCAAGGAGGUUUUCUACCCCAAGGACAGCUUCAACAACCCGCUGCUGCUGGACCUCAUCUUCCGGCAGAUCUUCACCGACACACUCUCUGACACCUGCAUCCGCAUCAGCCCCGAGGAGCGGCUCCGCAUGAAAUCCCUCUUUGCGGAAAACAAGCUGGACUCCUUCAGCCCCGUGGCCACUGAGAGUGUCAAGAAGGAGAUUGUGACGGCCGCCCGGGACAGCUGUGAGGUUUAUUUCUCACGCCUCUUCCCUGCCACGGGCAGCGUGGGGACGGGCGUGCAGAUCCUGGCUGUGUCCCACACUGGCAUCAAACUGCUGCGGAUGGUGAAGGGCACCAACAUGCCUGGGGAGCAGCUGCGUGUGCUGCGGGUGUACAGCUAUGCAGACGUGCUCUUCGUGACCACCCCAUCCAAGAACAUGUUGGAGUUCAAUCUGAGCAGUGAGAAGUUCAUCCUCUUCUCCCCAAAAGCUCCUCAGGUGAAGGCCAUGGUGGAUCACUUCAUCACGGAGCUCAGGAAGGACUCCCAGUACGUGGUGGCCGUGAGGAACUACAGCCCUGAGGAUGGGGCUCAGCUCAGCUUCCACAAAGGAGAUAUCAUUCACCUGCAGCCACUGGAGCACCCCAAGAGAGAUCACUACUAUGGCUGCGUGGUUCGCAAGAAGGUGAUAUACCUGGAGGAGCUGAAGACUGGCACCCAGGAUUUUGGGUGGAAGUUUGGGGCCAUCCACGGCAGGUCAGGGCUCUUCCCAACUGAGUACGUCCAGCCCAUUGCAGCCCCUGACUUCGUCCACUUGCCAGCGGGGAGGAAGGAAGAGCCUGGGGACAAGCAAGGCAGAGUGGCAGCCUCAGGGGCUGUGGCCAUGGCUGUGGCUUCCACUGCUGUGGCACAGGAACUGGAUCGCAAAACUGAGGGGUCUCCGACCAGCACUGCCUUCCCAGAGGGUCCAGAAGGUGACAGCAGCGAGCAGCUUGGGGAUGGCGCAGGGACCCGCCCCAUGCUGGCCUUUGCCAGGCGGUAUUUCCGUGCAGCGCAGCGUGGGACCACGGAGUCCUGUGGGAGCAAGGGCAAGAUGGAUGGGCCCAGCGGGAUGGAGAUGCUGAGGUUCACCAAGAUUCCCAUCCAGGAGUCGCUCAUUGAGUUCACAGAUAACAGUGUCAACAAACUGGCGACUGAGGCUUUCCAAGCUGUGAUGAAGUUCAUGGGUGACCACCCUCUGCGAGGGCAAACAGAGCUGGACAUCGUCUGCACCAUCCUCAAGCUGUGCGCCGAGCACGAGGUGCUACGGGAUGAGGUAUACUGCCAGAUCAUCAAUCAGGUCACUGACAACACCAGCUCCAAACCGGACAGCUGCCAGAAAGGCUGGAGGCUGCUCUACAUCCUCACUGCCUAUUACAAGUGCUCCGAGGUGCUCAGGCCCUUCCUCCUGGCCUUCCUGCGGAAUGCCAGCGUGCGCCCAGAGCUGCCUUUCCAGGGCAUCUCCAAAGCCUGUGAGCAAAACCUGCGGAAAACCCUGCAGUUUGGUGGCCGCAGCCUUUUCCCCAGCAACAUGGAGCUUAAAGCCAUGGUGGCUGGGCGCAGCGCCAAGCGCCAGCUCUUCCUCCUGCCUGGCGGCAUCGAGCGGCACCUCAAGAUCAAGACGUGCUCAGUGGCUCUGGAUGUGAUAGAGGAGCUGUGCUGCGAAAUGGGGCUGCAGCGCCGAGAGGCUUUGGAUGAAUAUAUCCUCUUCGUGGUCACCAACAGAGGGCAGAGCGUGCGGCCUCUGACACGCCGGGAGUACAUCUUGGAUGUGGCCACCGAGACCGAGCGCCUGGACGCUGGCUACACCUUCUGGUGCCGCCGGGUGGUCUGGGGACAGCCCCUCAAGUUUGAUAACGAGCUCUACGUCACCGUGCACUACAACCAGGUCCUCCCUGACUACCUCAAGGGGCUGUUCACCGUCCUGCCACCCACCAGGCCAGGAGAGCAGCACUUCCAGCAAGUGGCCAAGAUGGCUGCUCUCCAGUACCGAGCCAAGGAUGGCCACCACCUCCCCACCAUGCGGGAGGUACAGGACUACAUCCCCCCACAGCUCUUCCGCCUGCUGUCAGCCCCAUCCUGGCUGCACAUGGUGACCCAGCACAUGCAGCAAGCACAGGCACUCAGUGCCCACCAGGCCCGGGCGCAGUUCCUGGGGCUGCUGAGUGCCUGCCCCAUGUUCGGCUCGUCUUUCUUCUACAUCCAGAGCUGCAGCAACCACGCCAUUGUCUCACCCUGCAUCCUGGCUGUCAACCAGAAUGGCCUCAACUUCCUCAGCAAGGAGACCCACGAGCCCGUGGCCAAGUUCUCGCUGAAGGAGCUGCAGGCGACGCGGACGCAGCGCCCGGCGGCCGGCUCCAGCUCUCCCUACGUGGAGAUCACCACCGGGGAGCUGCAAGCCCAGGGCGUCACCCAGCUGCAGUUGGAGCAGGGCCUGGAGCUGUGCCGCGUGGUGGCCGCGCACGUGGAGAGGCUGCUGGGGGCGAGGGAGAAGAGGCUGACGCUGCCGCCCAGCGAGAUCACGCUGCUCUGAGCCCGCGGCCCCGUCCCCGACGUGACCCCCCCACCCCCUCCUCGCUGUAACCCCGCACAGGAUUUUAUACAAGCCCGCGACGCGGGGCCUGGCUGUAUUCGUGCUGUGUGCUGCGCUCCUGCCAUCCAACUCCCCCCGCACAGAACCGCGUAGCUCUGCCCCGCACCGGGCACGGAGCCCCCGGGUCCUCCCAUCCGCCAGGGGGCGGUAGUGUCCCUGCGCCACGCGGCUCGCAGGCAUCUCGCCGGCCACCCCAGCGCCCGCCGGCGUUAUCGCGAGGACCCCGCCAAUCAACCGUCGGCUCGCACUUCCGGCAGCCAAUCAGCACCGAGUCCCGAG